AUGGCCACUUUAACCACUCUCCUAGUGCUGAUCUCAUGCUUUCUAGUACCCACCUUGGCUUUAACACCGAAUAGAGAUUCAACAAAGGAGUUCAAAUCCCUCUAUCCAAUCCCAAGCUACAUCACCAAGAGCCCCAAUAAUGUUAUCAUAAACACAAUAGACUCAUGUUGGCGAGCAAAAACAAAUUGGGCUUCUAACCGCCAAUCCUUGGCUGAUUGUGCAAUUGGCUUUGGCAAAGAUGCCCUAGGAGGAAAGUUUGGAGAUAUAUACCAAGUCACUGACCCCUCUGAUGACCCUAUAAACCCAAAACCUGGCACACUCCGCUAUGGUGCAAUCCAAACACAACCCCUUUGGAUAACUUUCUCCAACGACAUGGUUAUAACGCUGAAGAACGAGCUCAUGGUGAAUAGCUACAAGACCUUUGAUGGAAGAGGUGCCAACGUGGAGAUUGCAAAUGGUCCUUGCAUUACCAUACAAGGUGUUAGCCAUGUCAUCAUACAUGGAAUUAGCAUUCAUGAUUGUAAACCGGGUAAGGGUGGAAUGGUGAGAAGCACUCCUGAGCAUGUUGGGUAUCGUGAAGGGUGUGAUGGAGAUGGCAUUAGCAUAUUUGCAUCCUCUAAUGUGUGGAUUGACCAUUGCUUUUUGGCUCGUUGCACCGAUGGUCUCAUUGAUGUUAUUCAUGCCUCAACUGCUGUCACCAUCUCUAACAACUACUUCACCCAGCAUGACAAAGUGAUGCUUCUAGGACACAGCGAUGAAUACAGCGCAGAUAGAAUAAUGAGAGUAACAGUAGCUUUCAACCGCUUUGCCAGUGGCUUAAUAGAAAGAAUGCCAAGAGUAAGGUUUGGUUAUGCCCAUGUGGUGAACAACCGCUAUGAGGAGUGGCUCAUGUAUGCCAUUGGUGGCAGCGCCAACCCUACCAUUCUUAGUGAAGGCAACUAUUUUAUGGCUUCAGAUGAUCCUGUUGCAAAACAGGUCACGAAGAGGGAAAGUAGUGAACAGUGGAAUAAUUGGAAAUGGAGGAGUUUUGGGGAUGAAUUCUUAAAUGGUGCUUAUUUUGUGCCAUCAGGGUAUGGAAGUUGCACUCCAUUAUAUUCACCUGCUCAAACUUUUGUCGCGGCCCAGGCAUCCAUGGUGCCCUUGUUAACUCUCAAUGCAGGGCCACUCAAUUGUGUUGUUGACAAAGCUUGUUAACGUUUUUCAUUUUAUUUAUUUAUUUUAAGAUGUUUCAUGAAGGCAUGCAUUAUGCGUGGAAAUUAAGAAGAAUUAAUUGUAUUCAAUCCAUUUUCACAAACAUAUGUAUGAGUGAUGAUAUAUAACGUCAGGAC